ACCUCCCAGCUCCCGGGGCCCGAAAGGCUUUAAGCCCCUUUGCCGGGCGCGGGCAGGCGGCUGCAGCCCGGCCCGGAGGCCGCGGCAGCGGUUCCCGGCCGGGCCCUUUCCCCGCAGCACCGCCCGCCUCCGCUGCUCCGCGCCGCCGGGGCCAGAAAUGGCCCUUGCUCUGUGGAAGAACUUACUUCAGACUACAAAGAAAAGGAUACUACAACAGAGGAGGUUGUCACUGUAUAAUGAUGCUCAUGGCUAUGAAGAAGAAUUGAUAAAGAAGAAACUUCAACAGUUUUCUGGUGGAUCCAUCAACCUUUCCAAAGAAGACAAUGGCAUUGGAAUACUUACUUUGAAUAAUCCAAAACUAAUGAAUGCAUUUACAGGUACUAUGAUGGUGGAACUCCAGGAGAGGGUUACUGAACUGGAAAACUGGAAGGAUGGUAAAGGUCUUAUAAUCCAUGGUGCAGGAAACACUUUUUGCUCAGGAUCUGAUUUGAAUGCUGUCAAAGAAAUAUCCAACUCCCAGGAUGGGAUGUAUAUGUGCAUGUUUAUGCAAAACACCUUAACCAGACUUAUGAGGUUGCCUUUGAUCAGUGUUGCACUAGUUCAAGGAAAAGCUUUUGGAGGAGGAGCAGAACUUACCACAGCAUGUGAUUUCAGGUUGAUGACGCCCGGAAGUGAGAUCCGGUUUGUGCACAAGCACAUGGGGCUGGUGCCGGGCUGGGGCGGCGGUGCGCGGCUGGUGCGGAUCGUGGGCAGCGGCGCGGCGCUGCAGCUGCUGGGCGCGGCCGCCCGCGUGGAUGCCGAGCGAGCGCUCCGCCUGGGGCUCGCCGAGGAGACGCUGCCGGCCGCCGAGCAGCCCGCGGCGCUGCGGGAGGCCCGCGCCUGGCUGCGGCGCUACACCGACGGGCCGGCCGCCGUCGUCCGCGCCGUGAAAGCGGUGGUGACCGCAGCGAGAGAGCUCCCGCUGGAAGCUGCCCUAAGGACAGAGAAGGACAUUUUUGGAACUGUAUGGGGUGGGCCUGACAAUUUGCAGGCAUUGGCUAGAAGACCAAAACAUAAAUGAUGGUUUAUGCGUAAGAAAUGGGCUUGACCUUUUGCAAACAAAACUUUCAGUAAAGUAGCCGUGACACUGAGUCAUUUAAGGACCUGUCCAUUUAAAAUGGCAUUAACAUUCCUGCCAUUUAGGUCAGGCAGGCCUGUCUGGUGUGCAAGCACAGAGAAAUCCCAGGCAGAUUCUCUACUCUCCUAAUCACCCACUGAAUCAAGAUUAGUGAAAUUAGUAUGUAAAGGUAAAUACUGUGUUGAAAAUAGAACCAUAAUUUAUUUGGAAUGAG